AUGCAUCGUCUUUUUGCUGAGCUGGAGCCAUCUUUAAUCGUCACAGAGCAAAACCUGGCAGACCGAGUUCGGUAUAUCUUGCGCUCAAAUAUAUUUGAUGUCGCCGAACUCGAACGGCUACGACGUGAGGCUGUUCCCUCGUCGGAUGAGAAUGCUACGGCUGAGGAUGCGGCGCCACAAAUGGUAGAGCAACCCGCAAACGUGGAUGCCGCCGUGAAUACCCCAGUUGUGGUUGAUUCAAACGAUGAUGGAACAGUCGCCCAGGAACUGGAAUUAGAGCAUAUGAGGAGUAUAUUGGAAGAGGCGAUUGUGGAAACGCGCAGUACGCCUCUCGAAAAUCGACCGCGACUUCCCCGCAUAGCCCUAAGCAAGCGGAAUCGGGCUGUCGUGAGGGCUCUGAACCCAAUGCUGGUUACCUAUUUGGAAGCCAGCCGGGACCUUUGCGAGACGGACUCAAUUCUUUUUGGCGCCGCGCUGGCAGUCUGCCGUAUCAUAGGCGCCAAGGUUUCCACGGCUGGACGCGCUACUGGCCAUAGUAGCGCUAUCCCAGCAUGGAGAAGAAGAAUUGAGGAACGUAUCGCAAAGGCUAGAGCUCUCAUCGGCAGACUGAUAUGCUUCAGAUCAGGCAACAACAGGCCAAGAAUUGUGCGCACCGUCAGGAUGGCGUUUGCUGGGACAAAUGUCAGUUUGUCCCAGCCGGAUAUAACGCAAAAACUGACGGAGCGCAUAGAUGAUCUGAAGCAGAGAAUCGCUGCUUGGGGAAAGCGGAUUCGGCGAUAUACCGAGAGGUCGACACGGUUCAACCAGAAUCGUCUCUUCCAGAGUGAUCAGAAGAGGCUCUAUGAAUCAUUGGAGCGACCAAUGGUAAGUGGAACGGGUCCAGCACCGAAUCAGGCCGACACUGUAGCAUUCUGGCGCGGCCUGUGGUCAGAGCCCGUAAACCACAGCGAGGGCCCUUGGACGGAAGUUGUGGCGAGUCAGUGUGCGGGUAUUACGCCCAUGGACCCCGUCAUCAUAACGCCGGAUGACGUAGCUGAGGCGGUUCGUAGGGCCCCGAACUGGAAAAGUCCGGGGCUUGACGGGCUGCAUCACUACUGGCUGAAGGGGUUCAUGGUGUGUCACUCUGUGCUCGCCCGACAGUUUCAAGAGGCUCUCAACCAGAAGUCGCUCCCAAGCCUCUUCACUACUGGGAUCACUCAUUUAGUUCCUAAAGACCAGGAGGAUGACGAAGGAAUCGACUAUGAACACUAUCAAGUAUCAAUGGUGACAGAAAGUAACGUCCAAGGGCAAAUUCAUUACUUGCCUUGUUUAGAGGAUGACGAAGGAAUCGACUAUGAACACUAUCAAGUAUCAAUGGUGACAGAAAGUAACGUCCAAGGGCAAAUUCAUUACUUGCCUUGUUUAGAGGAUGACGAAGGAAUCGACUAUGAACACUAUCAAGUAUCAAUGGUGACAGAAAGUAACGUCCAAGGGCAAAUUCAUUACUUGCCUUGUUUAGAGGAUGACGAAGGAAUCGACUAUGAACACUAUCAAGUAUCAAUGGUGACAGAAAGUAACGUCCAAGGGCAAAUUCAUUACUUGCCUUGUUUAGAGGAUGACGAAGGAAUCGACUAUGAACACUAUCAAGUAUCAAUGGUGACAGAAAGUAACGUCCAAGGGCAAAUUCAUUACUUGCCUUGUUUAGAGGAUGACGAAGGAAUCGACUAUGAACACUAUCAAGUAUCAAUGGUGACAGAAAGUAACGUCCAAGGGCAAAUUCAUUACUUGCCUUGUUUAGAGGAUGACGAAGGAAUCGACUAUGAACACUAUCAAGUAUCAAUGGUGACAGAAAGUAACGUCCAAGGGCAAAUUCAUUACUUGCCUUGUUUAGAGGAUGACGAAGGAAUCGACUAUGAACACUAUCAAGUAUCAAUGGUGACAGAAAGUAACGUCCAAGGGGCUAAAAACUCAAUCUAUAAUUCUAAAACUAGCUCCCUUCUUAGCAGAGACCAAACCUAG